AUGGCUGACGCUGCAGCGCAUGUAGACGCCGCAACGGCAGUCAGCGGUGAUGGCAGCGGCGAGGGCAACUCGCUUGACUCCCCGUCAGCAGCACCGGCCACAGAUGGAGCAAACUCAAAUAAUGCAAACGCAACGACCAACGCCCAGUCUGGUGGUGGCGCCGACCAAGACGCAUCAGGUGUCCUCAACUCUGGCGGCACCGCUGGUGGGCCAGGUGGUGGUGGGCUUGGAUCGGGCGGUGGCGGUGGUGGUACGGGUGGCGGCGGAUUGGACGGUGAGGGCGGCGCCGGUGGGGACGGCGAGAAUUCUGCGGGACGUGAAGCACGGAUUGCGGCCAGGAAAAAACGCAUGGAGGCUAGACGGCUGGCGAAGUUGAAGCCACAGAAGACUGAUGACUCUAAUUCACCACGCCGGUCCAAAAAGCUCCUCGACGGCACCGCCGCUGACGCCGACCUUUCCAACAGCACAUCACCCUCCCAAACAUCAACAACCAGCAAAUCCAAACAGCAACUCAUAACCUCCAAACGCCGAAUCGAAUCCGCCAAACAAACAUCCUCCGAUAAAGUCACAUUCGUGCAGGUCGCCAUGACGGCCCGCGAGGACGCCCGACGGCAGGAGGAGGCACGGAAAAGACAUCUGUGGGAGGCGAAAAAGGCGGAGGAACGCAGACGGACUACGGCUAUGGGCGAGGAGAUUGCCGAGGCGUGGGCGAAGGCUGAGGGUGGGGGCGAGGGAAGGGAUAAGGGUCCUUACGAGCUAAAUGAGCUCCUGACGAACCAGAAAAGAGCCUGCGAGAACCUCACAGCGGUGAAAAACAAGCUGUUUGAAGAAUACUCCGCUGAACUGAAGGCAAAGGACGAUGAAUACGUCAAAGAGCUCAAGCGUCAGGCCGAAGAAAUCGACACAGUCCUACAACGCAUGGAAGCGCACCACCGAUCCUUCCAAACGACCCUCCGGGAGGAACUCGAACAGAUCGAGAGAGCGUUUGUGGAGGAACGGUCCGAGUUGAUUGAUACAAAUGUCAAGGAAAUUGAUGGGCUUUUCAAUGGCCGGGGGAGGAAUGAGGCCCGCUACAUGCAAGAGCGAGCAGACCGCAUCGACGAGCACCUCUCGCAACUCGAAGCCCUGAGAGUCCACGAUGCGGAGGAGUACAAUCUGGUUAAGAUUAAGCUCGAGACGGAUGUGCAGGUGUUGGAGCAGCAGUUGCAGCAGAUGCGAGCAACCUACCAGCUCAAUACCGAAAAGCUCGAAUACAACUACCAAGUCCUCAAAAAGCGCGAUGAGGAAAAUGGGACUAUUCUUGGGACGCAGAAGCGGCGAAUUGGACGGUUAACCGAUCACUUGCAUAAUCUAAAAGCCAAGAUGAACAAGCAGGAGAAAACGUUCCAGGCUGAGUACUCUGGAUUGACGGAUGAUUAUAAGCGGAUUACGGAGCAGUUCAAGGAACUCCAAAAAAAGUUCCACCACUUCCGCCUCGCCGACGGCUCCAAAUACCGCCACCUCUUCCGCCUCAACGAGGAGACCGCCAAAACCCUCAUGCGCAAACUCCUCCAAGCUGACCAGAUAAUCCAAGAGCAGCAGCUCGGGAUCAAAUGGACGCGGGGAGCCGGGCGAAACGAUGGGGCGGUUGACAUGGGAAUGGAGGAGCUGUUUAGGGUCGUUGAUCCGGGGAUGUUCAACCCAGCUGCCAGGGUGGGGAGAGGCGAUGGCGCGCGGAGGGGUGGUGUGAGUGCCCAGGCGGGGCUGUACGGGCUUGACAGGCCGGGGAGUGCGCCUACGACGGUGGGCGAGAGGAGUCGGGGGUCCCAUGCGACGACCGCAACGGCAACAACGUCCCCACUCACGACCAAAAAGAUGCUGGAUCUGCUCACAACCGAAGCCUCCUUCCUCGUCGAAGAGAAACUACAAAAACUGCUCGCGCCGUUACACGCCACCGAACAGUCGCUGAUGAAGCUCGACUCGAUUUUCAAAGCUUUAGGGGUCGAGAGUAUGGAGGAUAUCGAGGCGCUUCUGGGGUAUUUUGUGGUCGACGGUAGGGAGAGGAGUGGCAGGGGUGGGGAGGGGAUGAUUGGGCCGAACGAGGUCGUGGGCGCCGUGAGACGGUUCUUGGAGGAUAAGAAGGGCGGCAGGAGAGCGAUACGUAUGGAUGGAUCAACUGAUUUGCCUUUCCUUUCACCCCCAGCCAACCAAACGGCAGACGGCAACAACCCAACAUCGAGUUCACCCGGUGGGAAAGCAACCACCCGCGAAGGAACAGGCGGCUUGUCUACCGCGCUGCGGCAGUACUGGCACCAUAUGGCGAAUGUGAUUGAUGAUGAGACGCAGCGGGUUUGGACGACAACCCAAACAGCCCUGCAGGCCUACAACGCCGAGCUCAUCGCUCGUCACGCCGCCAUCCAAGACAUCUCGCUCAUCCAGCAGCAAAACAACGAGCUCAAAAACCUGUUGAGGGGGUACAUGGGCGCAAGGGUGAAUGAUGAGCUAUGUGUGCCGCCGACGAAGGUGUUGAUGGUGCAGGCUGGCGGGGAGGGGUAG